AAUGAAUGGAAGAGAAGUCUGCAAAUAGAUGUUUGCUUAAAAAGUCUUGAUAAUUCUAAAGAUAUAAAACAAGAAUUUUUAAAAGAAGGCCCAAAAGAUGGUAACUACAUGAUGGUUAUGGAGUAUGCAAAGCAAGGAAGUCUUAGAAAAUUGUUAGAUAGUAGAUAUGGCGAAUUAAAUUGA